UUCAUUCUGGUUUCUAAGAUAUGGGGGAUGCAAAUUACAGGGCAGCUCUAACUUCCAUGGAGUUUCCUUAUCCAUGAGGCACCGGCUUAGGUUCUCAAUAGCNUCUAUUUCUCUGAUAAGGAUACAUACAGGUCUGCAGCAACUCCCUGGUGAGUGACGUUUGAGCCAUAGAUGACAGAGCUGUUACCUAAGGGAUAGCCAGGGGGAAAUGAAAACUGAGCAGCAGCUUCCAGCACCACCUACCUCAGACAGCCCUGAGGCCUAGAAUGGAGCCCUGAAAGAAGAAAACCUCAAAGAUGGAAGUUAAGGAGUGUAGUAGCCAGGUAGCCUGGUGUAUCCUAGGUAAAGAUGAAGUUCCNGGGUCAGGGUGUGGUAUUUUGGAGCCAAGUCUAGUGAAUCAAUAGGUGGGACAGGUCUAUUCUGUUAGCAGUAACAAAUCUGGAAUUAAGUAAGCCUUCCCUUUUUGAGACCAGCACGAUGUUAGCUUNCCACAGACCUGUGGCGUUUUUGCUACCCACUGAUCCUGACCUGCUGGGGUACCCACGGAACAUGUCAGGAUCCUCUGUUGUGCUUAGCCAGCCAAACUUAGAGAACUGAUUCCCUAGGACUCCUUAACUCUGCACCCCUGCCCAGAACAAUAUUAGCCUCCCAGAGCAAUCCUGGGGCAUAUCCAGCCAACCAUAUCUAAGAGUAGAGUCAGAGGGACAGACAAACUAUAAACACAUACAUGCACAUGCAAACAUAGAUUGGCUCUUCCUGCUCCUGGUGUCUGGGGAUGUAGACAUACCCACAAGUUACCUAGGUAGUGAGAAGAGCUGCCUCCAAGGCAGCUCCCAGAGUGGCUCCUUUUCAGAUGCAUGAAGUCCACUUGGAAGCUUCCUUCUCUGAGCCCUGCCAGACUUAGUGCUGUAGGCCAGCCAGGUAGGAUGAGGUUGCAAUGAGGCCAGCCCACCCCUUGAUGAGAACCCCAAAGCCAGCAAAACCUCUCUGAUUAGAUCUUAAGUCAAUAAAGGGAUUUCAGCUGAGGCUGGGACCUGAUCUUCCCUUUCCAUGCUGUGGGCAGGGAGGUUGCUGUGUCCCCUGCUGACUGAUGAGGCCAAGGUGGCCAUCGGGCUUGCUGGAGCCCGUGUGAGGUGGGGUGGAACAGUUAUUCUUGGAUGUGCUAGGGUAGAAUUUCAGAUUUGUUUAUCCUUGUAGGAGGCACCUUGGGGCUAGGGGAGGGGCACCCAGCUCAGCACUGACAUUCAGAUCACCUGGCCUGGUGGGGCCUCAGAUUUCCUUGUCGUGCUGUGUAUGCAUUGGGAGGUAGAACUGUGUUUCUUCCAGAAAAUUUGGGGAGAGGUACUUGUGGUUCCCAGCAAGUCCAGGUCAAUGUGCAAGCAGCUAACACUGAAGUACACUCACAGCAACUGGCCUGGGGAUUGUGCAGGCCAGAGUCAGUACUAUUAAUAUCUGGGCAUGAGCCCUGACUGGGUGAUCCUCUUAUGUGUGUGUGUGUGGCCUUAGCCUCUGAGACUAGCAUUGAGUGUAUUUCCUUAGUGCAGUAGGGCUCCCGGGGCCUCGUAGUUGCUGUGCCCCAUUCCCUGUAUAUAGCAACCUACUUCUGCAAGGUAGGGGUCCAACCCCACCUAGCUCUUCAACUGGGCUGCCUAUAGGAGUGAUUCCACCCAUGGAAGACCAGUUCAGGUGGCUAGAACUCCCAANCUGUCUUUAGAGACAACUGUAAUUCUAAGAGGUAGUGAUACUCUAACUGCUAGAACCUAUACCACACAUACCUGGGUCAUCCCACUGUCCAGGGACAUCCACCUCUGAGCCCUCUGUGCUUACCUGCAUCUUUGGCUAUGAGCAGUCCCCCAGCUUACCCUGGCAUCAGGAUCUCAGGGUGCUGGACUCUUGGAGCAGAAAGCAGCAGCAAUGCAGGGACCUUGGACAGACUUCUCCCACCAGUGGGUACUGGGCGCUCACCCCGGAAGCGCACCACCAGCCAGUGCAAGUCAGAGCCACCCCUGCUUCGCACAAGCAAACGUACCAUCUACACAGCUGGGCGGCCACCAUGGUACAAUGAACAUGGUACACAGUCCAAGGAGGCCUUUGCCAUUGGCUUAGGAGGUGGCAGUGCAUCUGGGAAGACCACUGUGGCCAGAAUGAUCAUUGAGGCGCUAGAUGUGCCCUGGGUGGUCCUGUUGUCCAUGGACUCCUUCUAUAAGGUUCUGACGCAGCAGCAGCAGGAACAGGCUGCCUGUAACAAUUUCAACUUUGACCACCCUGAUGCCUUUGACUUUGAUCUCAUCAUUUCCACCCUUAAGAAGCUAAAGCAGGGCAGGAGCGUCCAAGUACCCAUCUAUGAUUUCACUACCCAUAGCCGGAAAAAGGACUGGAAAACACUGUAUGGGGCGAAUGUCAUCAUCUUUGAGGGUAUCAUGGCCUUUGCUGAUAAGACACUGCUGGAGCUCCUGGACAUGAAGAUCUUUGUGGACACAGACUCUGAUAUCCGACUGGUUCGGCGGCUGCGCAGGGACAUCAGCGAGCGAGGCCGGGACAUUGAGGGUGUCAUUAAGCAGUACAACAAGUUUGUGAAACCUGCAUUUGAUCAGUAUAUCCAGCCUACCAUGCGCCUGGCAGAUAUUGUGGUGCCCAGAGGGAGNGGGAACACAGUAGCCAUUGACCUGAUUGUGCAGCAUGUUCACAGCCAGCUGGAAGAGAGGAAGCUGCGUUGGGAUAUGGCCGCGUUGGCCUCCGCUCACCAGUGCCAUCCCCUCCCCCAGACACUGAGUGUCCUCAAGAGUACACCNCAGGUCCGAGGCAUGCACACCAUCAUCAGGGACAAGGAGACUAGCCGGGAUGAAUUCAUCUUCUACUCCAAAAGACUGAUGCGGCUGCUUAUUGAACAUGCACUGUCCUUCCUACCCUUUCAGGACUGCACUGUACAGACUCCACAGGGGCAGGACUACGUGGGAAAGUGCUACGCUGGAAAACAGAUCACUGGCGUGUCGAUUCUGCGUGCAGGAGAAACCAUGGAGCCUGCACUGCGUGCCGUGUGCAAGGAUGUGCGCAUCGGCACUAUCCUCAUCCAGACCAACCAGCUCACAGGGGAGCCUGAGCUCCAUUACCUGAGGCUUCCCAAGGAUAUCAGUGAUGAUCAUGUGAUCCUGAUGGACUGCACAGUAUCCACAGGUGCUGCGGCCAUGAUGGCUGUACGUGUACUCCUGGACCAUGAUGUGCCUGAGGACAAGAUCUUUUUGCUGUCCCUGCUCAUGGCAGAGAUGGGUGUGCACUCUGUGGCCUACGCUUUCCCACGCGUGAGAAUCAUCACCACAGCUGUGGACAAGCGUGUCAAUGACCUUUUCCGUAUCAUCCCAGGCAUUGGGAACUUUGGUGAUCGCUACUUUGGGACAGAUGCAGUCCCUGAUGGCAGUGAUGAUGAGGAGGCAGCCACUGUGGGUUAGUUCCCUGUCCGAGCUACUCAUAUUUCUACCCAGCCUUCUGUCUCCUGGUCUGGAAUUGCAGGGACAACACAUUAACUUAUUUUGAGUUUAAAAAUAAAAAUAAUCAGUUUACACAUUUUAUAAAAUAAAUAAAGUUUUAGAAAA